ACCCCGCCUUCUCUUUGAUCGAAAACUCGGUGAUGUCGCUUCGUCUUUAACGAGCUUGACCCAGGAGAACCCAGAGGAAGGGAGCAAAUAUUAAAGCAGAAUAGUGCGGAAGGCAGAAAGGAUAAGGUUUUUCCAGUAACAGUUUGUUCCUCCCUGUUGAGCCUCCUGUUUCUUGGCUUGUGGUGGUUCAGUGACGUUCUUCUCAAUGAGCACCUAGAGCUCAGUUUCUGAGCUGGUGUAAUCUUUCACCUCUUCUACCAAACCACGCCCACAGUGUGUAUGGAGCAGUGUGAGAGCGCAGCGGCUCUGUUGGAGUCUGUCAGGGAGCAAGAGGUGCAGUUUGAACAGCUGACCCGGGCGCUGGAGGAGGAGAGGAGGAGAGUGGGCCUCUCCGCUACCAGCCCCUCAACCUUGGGUCUCCCCCUCCCGCAUGCACAGAACGGGCGUUUGGGGGAUGCAGACAUAGAACGACUGAAAUUGUCUGACGCGUACAUAAACGGGACACAGUACAGGAUGGUGGACCCUGCACAUGGUGCUGUUGAGGAGAGUUACACACCCGAAGAUGACUCUCAGGAAGUACGUUCUGUGUUUUCUGAUGAAAGCACCACACGUCGGCCAGACAAUGGGAUGAAGAAACCAGUUGCCUCGCGCACAGUGCUGCCUUCUGACUCCAUGUCCAUUGAUGGAGGCCUGUCAGUGUCUGGCAUGGGUGGGUACAGCGCCACACUGGACCGUCCCUAUAGGCAGGUCGGGGGAGGAGAAUACCCCACUGCCACAGUGCCCAGAAAUUACCACUAUGGACCUGUAGGGGGUUACGAUGAUUACAGGGGAGGCCCACCAUCUGAAGCAUACACCAGUCUGAGCAGGGGCACACACAUGGAUGAACGCUACAGGCCAGUUGAUGGCUACAGGACACUUGACUCUGGCUAUCGGGCCCCAAGCCGUCAGCAGCAGAUUGACCCAUAUGCAGCCCAGCCCCAGGUGGGCCGUGUAAUGAGGGCCUUGGGCUCCGCAAUGGAGGUGCGGUAUGGCCACGGCCAUUACGGUCUGGAGGAUGAUCAGCGUAGUGUCGGAUAUGAUGACUAUGUAAUGGGGCCUCCACCCAUGCAUCCCGGAGGCUAUGGAACUAUGCCACGUCUGGGGCCCGGCUCAGGGGGCAUGGAUAGACGAAGACUCAGAAGUUGUGAGGAUACAUUGGAUGGGGAUGUGGUAGGUGUUGAUCCUUACGCCUGGGGUGUUCCCAUGACAAUGGAGAGGGGAAGCAUGGCUUCACUGGACAGCACACUGAGGAAGGCUCCUCCCACUUCAUGGAGACAACCAGAGCUGCCAGAGGUUAUUGCCAUGUUGAACUAUCGUCUGGAUCCUGUAAAGACCAAUGCUGCUGCCUUCCUUCAGCAUCUCACCUUCAAAAAUGACAAGGUUAAAUCUGAAGUUCGUCGCUUGAAAGGCAUCCCUGCUUUGGUAUCAUUACUGGACCACCCCAAUAAGGAGGUGCACCAUUCAGCCUGUGGAGCACUGAAGAAUAUUUCUUUUGGGCGAGACCCAGACAACAAGAUCGCUAUCAAGAACUGCGAUGGUGUGCCAGCUCUCAUUAGGUUAUUGAGAAAAACCCAUGACAAAGACCUCGUUGAUACCAUCACAGGCACAUUGUGGAACCUUUCGUCCCAUGAUUCGGUAAAGAUGGAGAUUGUGGACCAUGCUCUGCAUGCCCUGGCUGAUGAAGUGAUUGUUCCCUACUCUGGCUGGGAACGAGGGAGCAGUGGAGGAGAUGAAAGCUGUAAACCACGCCAUCUAGAGUGGGAGACUGCCUUGACCAACACUGCUGGCUGCCUUAGGAAUGUGAGCUCUGAACGCAGUGAGGCUAGACGAAAGCUGAGAGAAUGCACAGGAUUAGUAGAUUCACUAAUGUUCAUUGUCCAGUCACAGAUCAAUCGCAAAGAUGUAGAUAUUAAGUUGGUGGAGAAUAGUGUCUGCCUCUUGAGGAAUUUAUCCUAUCAGGUCCACCGCGAAGUCCCUGGCUGUGAACGCUAUGCAGAAACCACACCCAUAAACCAAGGGCCUGGCUCAAACAAGGGUGGCUGCUUUGGGUCUCGAAAGGGGAAAGAUGAGUGGUUUUCCAAAGGAAAGAAAGAUGGACAUGAUGGAAGUGCAGACCAAAUCGAUAUUCCAAAGAGGACAGCGCCUGCCAAAGGCUACGAGCUCUUGUUCCAACCGGAAGUGGUUCGCGUUUACACUUCACUGCUCAGAGAGAGCAAGAAUCCAUCUGUUUUGGAGGCUGCUGCCGGUGCAAUCCAGAACCUGUGUGCCGGUCGUUGGACUUAUGGUCGGUACAUUCGUGCCACUGUACGUCUUGAGCAGGGUCUUCCCAUGAUGGCAGAGCUACUGGCCCAUGGCAAUGACCGUGUGGUUCGGGCAAUGUCUGGAGCAUUGAGGAACCUUGCCAUUGACAACCGUAACUGUGAGCUGCUUGGAAUGCAUGCAGUGCCUCACCUUGUAGCAAAUCUUCCUGGAGGUCAGAGCCAAUCCGGACGCAGUCUGUCAGAGGAGACUGUCGUGUCUGUACUAAGCACACUUGCUGAGGUGCUAGGUAAUAGACUGGAUGCAGCGAACACCCUCCGAGCAUCACAGGGCAUUGAAAGGCUGGUUCUUAUCAACAAGGAUGGGAAGCAUUCGGAUCGUGAGGUGCGUGGCGCGGGCCAGGUGCUACAACUUGUGUGGGCCCACAAGGAGCUGCGCCGGCCCCUUGAGAAGGACGGCUGGAAGAAAACUGACUUCAUGGUCAACCUCAGUACUAAUGCUGGCACCUCCAAUGGUCCCACCACCCGAGCCAACGGAACCUAUGAAGACAGCACCACACCACUGCUGGACAGAGGAGAGAAGAGGGACAUGAUUCCACUAAAUGACCUGAGCCCUGAGGCCUACUCAACACUGGACCAGAGGGAGAGGAGGCACACUCUGGAUGACACGACAGACACUUUACCGCGAGGGGUGUACGGGCCCAGAAAGGGCUCUCUGCCCCUGUUGGACUCCUAUGAUGAAAAACUGAUAGUGUGCAUCACCCAGAUGGGGCCUUCCCUGCCUUGCCACUGCUACUGAGGAGAGAACAUCCAGAUGCGCAGUUUCUCUCCCCCACCCCACCCCUCCUCUUUCUAUCAAAGGACAGAUGGGAUUAGAAGAUGAGGGUUGGCAUCCAAAGACAGUGCUUGUUUGGCCAAAAAAAAAAAUGAAGCAACAACAUGUACUGUAGAUACAUCCAUCUAACUUUAAGUUCUUUGUAGCAUCAGAAGCAUACUGCAUUUUUUGGGGGGAAAAAAAAAAUUAUGCUGCAAAAGCAAGCCUCUUUGUUUGGUGACAAUCAUUUAAUUGUGACCUCCUUCUGCUUUAUCGUUUUCUUCUGUGUUGUCGACAUCUUGGGAAAUGUUGCUAGCACCUGCAUCCUGAUGACGAAUCUGUACGUAGACUUCUGUCUAGGAUGUAUACUGUAUAUAGAAAGAAAAAGGGGAUAACUGCAUUAGAUUUGCUGGUUAAUUUAAGUCACCGUGGUGGAAAGCUGGGACGGGCUGAUGUGACGCGGCCGCCCUGUAGCUUAGAAUGUUUAUAUCAGAGUUAUUUUCCUGUGCAGUUAUUUUGUCUCAGUGCGGCGGGCACAGAAGGAGCAGGUGUGAAUAAUUGUCAUACAGUAAACCUGUGGAGACACUACUGUGGGCUUUGGAAUGAAUUUAAGGACCACACCCAUUAGACCAUAUAUUGAUUAGUUCAAGCAUUCAUUUUGUGUGUGGUGUUUUGUUCUUGUUUGCUUUAUUUUCUACACUGCAACAGUUUUUCGUUACUUUUCUUCCAAAUGCUUCUUUUUGUGUUUACUGCCAGAGGUUCCGACGUAAUUGAUUGGCUAAUACGCCAAACUUUGUCUUGAAAAGCGUGUUGUGACACCUGAAGCAUAAAUGAAUAAAGCAUGUUGGGGUUCUACUUCAGUGAUGGAAACAUUCCCAGCCUGACUGUAGCAGAACAACACUUAGGACAAAAACAUGCUCUGAAACUCUGUUCUUCCCUCAGACACUUCAGAACGGGAGUCUGUGGCUUCUCCUCCUCUUUAAUACCAUCACUGUCCGUCUCUGCUAACUAUGGUUUUCUACUUUGAAAUCAACCACUACUUGCUGUCUUUUGCGAUGUAGCCGACGAUACGUGUACAUCGUGAUUUGUGCUGUACUGUUUUAUAAGAGCGUAUAUAUGGUUUUUUGGGAGGCUUCACUCAGAGGCGACUCGAGUUUAGGCAGAUGGCUGUUACUUGGGAGGUUUGGUGUGAGAAACAAAAAGCACCUUUUUGUUCUGAUUAUUAUUAUUUUUAUCUAUUUUACAUUAAUUCUCACUUUUUUGUUUGUACCUGAUUUUAUGGUGUGGUGGGUGAAAGCAUUAUGCAAUUAGGUCUACUUUUUUAUUUUAGUUCCACUUUUAAUGCUGAGUUGUUUUAAUGGUAAAAGAGACCAGCCGUAUAUAAUUUUUUUUUUUAAAGUCUCCACACAGUAUAUUUGUAAUGUUGUCUAUUAAUGUAAAAUUAUGAUGUACCAUUCAUACCUGCCUUGGCUCUGAAAAGUUGCGUUUUUCAGUAAAUUAUGUAACUGGUAUUGCUGUUUUUUGUUUUUAUAUAUAUAUAAAUAAAGAUCUUUUCUUAGACAA